AUGCGUCGGUUUUGUGACUAUUACAUUUACAACCGCUCGUCAACACAAUCAAACAAUCCUACAAUCGAAAAAAUUCAGCGAUUCAAGUUAGCCCUAUUUAUGUUCUUCUUCCAACUUACAAUUGCCAUAAUUUUUUUAAAUUUUACCGAAUAUUCUCAAGAAGCAGAUGCUUCCGAUCCUCGGAAUUCCUACGGCCCUGUGUUCGGUGGUUUAAAAAAAAAGAAAUUGUCCGGCGAUUACAAAUUGUUUCAGGACAUACACGUCAUGAUUUUUAUCGGAUUUGGAUUCCUUAUGACAUUUUUACGACGAUACGGUUACAGUGCAGUAGGUUUUAAUUUUUUAUUGGGUGCUUUGAUUAUCCAAUGGGCUUUGCUUUGUCAGGGAUUUUAUCAGCUCAAUGAGAAUAAUAAAAUGAAACUCGGAGUUGGAAGUUUAUACAAAGCAGAUAUCGCCGCCGCCACUGUACUCAUUUCCAUGGCAGUUUUGGGACGCACUUCAUACAUGCAGCUUUUGAUUAUGGGGAUUAUCGAAAUUGCUGUUUUUUCGGCCAACUCCUUUCUCGGAUCACAGAUAUUUCAGGUGGCGGAUGCUGGAGGAUCGAUGUUUGUCCAUGCAUUUGGUGCCUAUUUCGGGUUAGCCGUUAGUUACGUAAUUGAACUCAAAAAAGAGCAAACAGUCAUAGAUAACGGCCUCGAAGAAUCACGAUACACGUCCGAUCUUUUCGCAAUGAUAGGAACAAUUUUUCUUUGGCUUUAUUGGCCUAGUUUUAACGCAGUGGAACUAACAGGAGACGGGCAGCAAAGAGCCGUUAUGAAUACUUAUCUAUCUUUGGCUUCGUGUUGCGUUACAACUUUCGCCGCCUCGCUCAUCUUCAGCAAGAACCAUAAGUUUGACAUGGUGCACRUACAAAAUUCAACUCUUGCAGGUGGUGUGGCCGUGGGCACGACGGCCAACUUGAUGUUGCAACCCUUCGGUGCUGUUGUUAUUGGAGCUGUCGCAGGAUUCAUUUCGGUGGCCGGUUAUGCCAAACUCACACCUUGGUUGAGUUCAAACUUUGGCAUUAAAGAUACUUGUGGCGUUCAUAACCUUCACGGCAUUCCUGGAGUAUUAGCGGGUCUAAUUGGAGCAUUCAUGGCCGGAAUUGCUUCAGAAUCCACCUACUGUAAAACUCUAUACGAAAUAUACCCAGCGAGAGCGAGCCCGAAUAUGACAGCAACGGCCGAAUAUACCUUUCUAAAACCGGGUCUCGGACGAGACGAGGGAGAACAAGCCGGUUACCAAAUACUCGCUCUUGUAGUUACGGUUACUUUAGCGGUUACAUCCGGAUUACUAACAGGAUUUAUUCUGAGACGAACAAAAGUUGGAACAAUUUCAAGCGAAAGCUUUUAUAACGACGCCACCUCUUGGAUACUGCCCGAACAUAACGUGAAAGCUCGACAGGACUCUCCCAAAGGAUGUCACUACGCCAACCCCAGUUUUGAAUUUUCUGCUGACGGAGUAUAUCCUACAGAUGUCUAUAGCUAACACAAAAAUACAUUUUUUGCAAUAAAAAAAAUCACAAUUUUGUAA